AUGAUCGCUGUAUCCAUAGUAUAUCGUUGUUUAAUAGCAAUAAUUCUGUGUUUUCUAAAUUUCACACAAUGGUUUCAUCGAUAUAUCGUUCAAAAUAUUAGUCGCAAUUGUUAUAUCGUCAAAGUGAAGAUUGAUGUCAUCCGAAAUGAUCCAUCCAAUACGAAUGUUUCUCAAAUGGAGAAAAUCCAAUUUAAUAAACCAACAGACGUCUUAGCUUUGAUCAUUAAUGAACGGAUACCAGAUGUCGACCUGUGGAAAUUUAUUGUCAAUUCGAUCGUGUUCUUUCGCAGACUAAAUAUCCAACAUUUGAUUAUCUAUGAUUAUGAAGGUUACAUCAAAGCUCGAGAAACAUCGAUUAUGGAUUACAUUCAGGCGUAUGAUAAGAAAUACCAAUCAUCUCUUCCAUUACCAACACUUCACUUCCUAUCACUGACAGACUGCAGUCAAACAUUAACAAAAGUUGCUCAAACUCUGUGUCAACAGGUAAAACAAGGUGAAAUCAAAUCUGAUUCGAUCCAAGUCGAUACAGUCGAUCAGUGUUAUACAAAACUUUCCAGUAUUCCGGAAAUAAACUUGGCAGUAAUUGUUGGAUCUGUUAAAAGUUCUCUUGGUUUACAUCCGUGGCAGACACGCUUAACCGAAUUUAUAAUGAUUGACUCAUACAAACAACUCCAAACGACGAAUUCAUUUUUGAAUAUUGUCCAACGCUAUAAUCAAAUCGAACAAAGACAAGGCCGAUAA